GGUUAAGGAACGGUUCUGCUUUUUUAUGCUCUGUGUUGGGAAGGCAGAUAAAAUGCCAGGUCUGGACUGCCUCUGGGGAUAAGCUCACCCUGUGUGAUGUGAAUGAAUAGCAUCUUGCCUGGCACAUCCACAGCAGUUGAUAAGGCAGGUGCAGUUCUUCCAAGCAGGCCUUUUCUGUCUUUUUACCUCUAUAGCAGCUUUGGUUUUGCCUUGAAAGAGGUGCUUUGGAUUAUCAGACCUCCAUGUAUGACAAUUUGUACCUGCAUGGAAUCGAAGACUCGGAGGCUGAAGAAUAAUGUGAUGUGUUACCCGAGAUGGUGUGAACAAAGCUUCAAGCCAAUGGAGAAGACUAGGCCUAAAUAGCUGACCCGGUGAAGUGAAAAAUAAAGCCACACCUGGAGAGCCACAUCCUCUGCAGUCUUUCUCAAUGCCAAUGCAUUUAUGGCUGGUUCAGCGGACUCCUACACGAGCAGGCCGUCUGACUCUGAUGUCUCUUUGGAAGAGGAUCGGGAAGCAAUUCGGCAGGAGAGGGAGCAGCAGGCGGCCAUCCAGCUUGAGAGAGCAAAGUCUAAACCCGUAGCAUUUGCUGUGAAGACGAACGUGAGCUACUGUGGUGCCUUGGACGAGGAUGUGCCUGUUCCAAGCACAGCCAUCUCCUUUGACGCGAAGGACUUUCUACACAUAAAAGAGAAAUACAACAAUGAUUGGUGGAUAGGAAGGCUGGUGAAAGAAGGCUGUGAGAUUGGCUUCAUCCCAAGUCCGCUGAGACUGGAGAACAUACGGAUUCAGCAGGAACAGAAAAGAGGCCGUUUUCACGGAGGGAAAUCCAGUGGAAAUUCUUCUUCAAGUCUCGGAGAAAUGGUAUCAGGGACAUUUCGAGCAACUCCCACAUCAACAGCAAAACAGAAGCAAAAAGUGACGGAGCACAUCCCCCCCUACGACGUGGUGCCAUCCAUGCGUCCGGUGGUGCUGGUGGGGCCGUCGCUGAAGGGUUAUGAGGUCACAGACAUGAUGCAGAAAGCCCUCUUUGAUUUCCUGAAGCACAGGUUUGAUGGGAGGAUAUCAAUAACAAGAGUGACAGCUGACAUUUCUCUUGCUAAGAGGUCUGUGCUAAAUAAUCCCAGCAAGAGAGCAAUAAUUGAACGUUCGAACACUCGGUCCAGCUUAGCGGAAGUGCAAAGUGAAAUUGAAAGAAUCUUUGAGUUGGCAAGAUCUUUGCAACUGGUUGUUCUUGAUGCAGACACCAUCAAUCACCCAGCACAACUUAUAAAGACCUCCUUAGCACCAAUUAUUGUUCAUGUAAAAGUCUCAUCUCCAAAGGUUUUACAGCGGUUGAUUAAAUCUAGAGGAAAGUCUCAAAGUAAACACUUAAAUGUUCAACUGGUAGCGGCUGAUAAACUUGCACAGUGCCCCCCUGAAAUGUUCGAUGUCAUACUAGAUGAGAAUCAGCUGGAGGAUGCAUGUGAACACCUGGGAGAGUACCUUGAGGCCUACUGGCGUGCCACCCACACGACCGGUAGCACCCCCAUGACCCCACUGCUUGGAAGGAACCUGGGCUCAACAGCACUCUCGCCAUAUCCCACAGCAAUUUCUGGGUUACAGAGUCAGCGUCUGAGGCACAGCAACCACUCCACAGAGAACUCUCCAGUUGAAAGACGAAGUCUAAUGACCUCUGAUGAAAAUUAUCACAAUGAAAGGGCUCGGAAGAGUAGGAACCGCUUGUCUUCCAGUUCCCAGCAUAGCCGAGAUCAUUACCCUCUGGUGGAAGAAGAUUAUCCUGACUCAUACCAGGACACUUACAAACCUCACAGGAACCGAGGAUCUCCCGGGGGAUAUAGCCAUGAUUCUCGACAUAGGCUUUGAGUCUGCAGAAACAAACAAAAAGUUCAUCUGUUGACGAUUUGCCAUAGCGCUGCUAGGAUACAACCAGUCAUCUUAACGUGGCAAGCGCAGCACAGUACUGACUGUGCUUAUGGGCUGCUGUCAUUGAUGCUAAGAAGGGGCAAAAAAAUGUACAUUAUGCCCUUAAGUCUAGAUGGAUCUCAGAUGCCCAAUCAUACAGAUAUUUUUAAGUGCAACAUUUACGUAGCAGUACCUUUUGUUUUCUUCAUUAGAUUUAGACACAUCAAUUUGUAAUUUAGGGUACUUAUCAAGGCACAUAUAAAACAAUUUCCCAUGCUGGAAAUUCCAAAUGACCAGUUCCAGUUGGAACCAAUUUAUAAACCAAUUCCUGUUGGAAUUUGGGUGAAUCGACUAGAAAGUCUACUUGAGCAUGUUGUAAUCAAUUUAAAAAUCUGAAAAAAAAAAAGAAACUAAUUAAUAGGAGAGUCAAAAUACCAAUAGAAGUGAAAACCAGCUGUUGUAUUUAUUUGCUGGAAGCUAAAUUUACACUUAAAGUUGGAAUGUAUAAACAUUUUAAUACACGUUAACAUUGCCAGAAUGGCUUUUCUAACUUACCAAAUGGAUUCAUAGUGCCAAAAACAAAUCUCAAAUUAAUGCAAAAAUUCUUUAGUCUCCUCAGAUUUUAAUAUUUUUUAUUUCUCUUCUGGCACAGCUGUUGUAUUCAAAGUAUUCUGCUUUUUUGUUUCGUCACAACUGUUACCAUGUUUGAAGUUGGCAAAGAAAUUCAACAUUUCUUUAGCAGUGAGAGAGGAUAGUAAAGAGAAGCCCAAUCAUAGUUGGUUAUGCAAGAUGGAAAAUGGGGUGUUGUUUCCCCUUUCAUCAAUUUGAGCACGACUACAUCCAUCCAGGAAUCUGAAGUCAGACUCUAAGGAUAACACAGAUCCUCCUGAGUGCAAGGCUAAACAUCUCCAGUUGAGAUUUCAUCUGUCCCACUUACCACAAAUAUGUUUGUGCUUCCCACCAGCACAAUUCAGUAUCUUUCCAUUGCUUCCCUCAGUCUCUGCCUUUGAGUGUCUGAAUGUGCUAGCCCUUCACCAAAUUCUUUAUAAUCAUGCUACGGGUUUUUUGUUUUACAUGAACACAUUGAAUUUUGAUAUUGAAAGCUGUGUUUAUACAAAAUGAUUAAUUGAAAAACUAUGAAAACGAAUUUAAAAGCUUGCAGUAAAAAAACUCGUAGAUUCAGAAUAGAUUUAUUCACUAAAAUAUCUUUUUUAUUUAAGAGAAUUAUAAAGAAUUUGAAGAUUGAACUGCCUUAUUUCUAAUGAACACUCUUCUUUACCUAUUAAGUCUUCACAGUUUUUCCAGUGGCUAUAAGAAUGGAAUCGGUGAUCUUAUGUCUUAUAUGAUCAAAGAAGCCUUAGAUUCACUCUGAUCCAAGAAACUAUUGAAAUUGACUCUUUUAUACAAUACACAAAAGUCUUUAGGAAAAGACUUUUGUUUCUAAGAGUCUGUUUUUCUAAAGCCCCCAUAGGAUCAGGCAUAAAAAUCCUUUUCUACUACUACGUCAUAAAGCCUAUUUUUUUGGAAAACAAUGAUAAUUCAUUUUCUGUUACCUUAUUUCCCCCUAUCCAAGCUUUUCAGUGUUUAUGCUCUCAAAGCAUGCACCAGUUAAAUAAUUUUCUUGACCAUGAAAAUAGGUUCCCUACUCUUGAUUAGUUAUAUCUUGAACCUCAUUAUUGACCCUCCGCAAUGCCCUCUCCUUCUGUUGUUCACUGUGCAUACCCCAUUAUGAACCUGUUUAGCUGAUAAUGAGGAUAUCCAUAGUUAUGUGAGUUAUUGAAAUAUUUGAUAGAAUUAAAAACUGUGGGCUCAGUGAAUUCUUGAAGUUAAUAUGUGAUACUGGCUUGUGAGGUUCUUUCGUCAUCUAGUGAAGCUUACAAACCUUUCAGUUAAGACAUUUAAAAGACUUAUAUCCACUAGGCACUUUAAUAAACAUACAACCUACCAUUACUAAAUACUUUGUUAGAGCACAGAAGAGCAUUUUCCAGCAAACAAAUAUACUUAUUACAUGUACAGCACAUAUUUGCAUGAGAAAGAAGACAUUAGCUAAAACAUUUUUCUAUAUGCUUUCCUGGUUUCUUAUUUGUGCGCAUAAAAGUAUUUAAUUGCAAGGAGUGCACCAAGGUGUUUAAAACUUAGACUAGACAGCUGUUCAGCUUUUUCUGUAGUAGCAUUAGCAAUCUGGUCAUUUAACUACUUUAAGAUACUUACAUUUUACAGCAGGUAGCUGUAACAGCAUUUACAUAUAUUUCCUAGUCAGCAAGAUUACCAUAUUCUUUCAACUUUUAAAAAUCUAUUAUUUUUAAAGACCUCUCAAUGCCUAGUUUCUGUGUCUUCCAUGUUAUGCUGAUAAAAAGAGAGGUCUGUUCAAUGUCUGUGCACAAGACCAAUCUUUCCUUUACCAUCUAGCAUCCACACCUGUUUUGCUUUGUGUUCUUAUUCAAAAGCUAACAACCUUGGAAAGGGUAUAAUGUAUAUUUUCUUGAUGGAUAUACUUAAAUUUUUACUUGGCUUUGGCACAUUCUUUCCCCUUCCUUUUCUAAUAAGUUGUCUUUUCCAAAUGAAUAAGGGAUAUGCAUUUUCCUUUUUUUUCUUAAGCCUUAGAGUUUAUUGUGCAACUGAUACUAAAAUACAGAUACAUACUAAAUGAAAAAUUUUAUUUUUGCCAAGCACAUCAAGAACCUUUGGAAAAUACAUAUUCCACAAAUACUUUGUUUUUAAUGGGUUUCAUCUAACAAUAGCAAAUGAUAAGGAGGGGAAACAAGUCUUAGAAUGUUUUGAGGCUGUAUUAACUUGUAGUAUAAACCACAUAUUCUGUACUUUCAGCAUAUAUAAUUUCAGAAUAUGUAAAACAUAUUCUGUAAUCUCAGUCAGCAAACAUGUAACAAUGUAGACUCGUGUGACCGUGUGGAAAUGUAGUCUUGGGAAAAAAGGAAUGUAAUUUUUCAAUCCUGAUGUUGAUUCUCAAGGCUGUAAUGUCACUCCAGUAUUAUUAUCAGCAAUGUUUACUCCAGUAUUUAAAGCAGCACUUAGAUAUGUUUUUAAAUGACUGAUAAUUCUAUCUUAUCUUUAUACAGUUCUAUUGGAAAGAAAAUUAAAAUUCACAAUUCAGACCGAUAGUCUUUCCUAAUAAGAGAGUCUUAAUUAUGUGAUGGUAUGUCUUUGCACUUAGUUCUUAAUGAAAUGAAUUUUUUAAAUAUAAAACAAAUUCUGAGAAAAUUUUAUGUUCCCUUUGAAUAAUUUGUUAAUUACUUUAAUUAUUAUUGUUGUUGUUUGCAAAGUGUAUUUUUGGAAUGUUAACCUUUUUUCAUACCUGCAUACUUGAACUUGUCUUUUGUGUGAGGGCCUUAAAAUUCAUACUAGGAAUCUAGGGCAGUGAAAGGGAGGGAGAGAAGGAAUCAAUGCCAAAAGAUGGUUUGCAAAUUUAAACUCCUUGGAUGAACAUAUCAUAACAUGUGGCUGAGACCCAGGAUGUCUGUUAAGAAUGUUUCUAGGCAACCUUAAUUUGCAUGCCAGUGUACUUUCUUAAUUACACAAUUUUAUUUUGGCAUUGGGUAAAAAAUAAAAACAACAAAAUGCCACUACAGAAGCUCAACUGGUAAAGAAUCCACCUGCAAUGCAGGAGACCCCGGUUCGAUCCCUGGUUUGGGAAGAUCUGCUGGAGAAGGGAUAGGCUACCCACUCCAAUAUUCUUGGGCUUCCCUGGUGGCUCAGCUGGUAGAGAAUCUGCCUGCAAUGUGGGGGACCUGGGUUCUAUCCUUGGGUUGGGAAGAUCCCCUGGAGAAGGGAACAGUCACCCACUCCAGUAUUCUGGCCUGGAGAAUUCCAUGAACUAUACAGUCCAUGGGUUACAAAGAGUCAGACAUGACUGAGAAACUUUCACUUCACUAUAGAAAUUGCCCUAUAUAUUGAUAUUUACACUACCUCUUCUCUAGAGAAGACAAUCUGUCUUUAAAGAGAAAAACACUUUUCAAUAAGUAGUGAAUUUAUUACUCUUACUGCUAACCCUUGCUGCAAAGCUAACUGAAUAAAGUGUUAAAAUAUACUUUCCCUUUGGAUUUUAAAUUGUUGCCAAAAUGCUCGCCACCCUUUCAUUUCUUCCAUGUUAGUGAAAUUUUCUUUGAAUCGGUUCACAGUUUAUCAAGAGGCAAGGUAAACAUUUAGUAAGUCAGUAAUCAUAGGAAACAAGACAGACUGCAAGGAAAUUGCUUUUUUAUGCAAUUUGUUAUAUCAUCAAACUCUAAAAGCAGAUUCAGAGACCUGAUGUUUAAGUGCAGCUGGUUUGCAAAUUCAAAUUUUGUUGAUCCUUGACUUUUCCUGCAUACAUUUGGCCAUCUUGGAAGCCCAGGCCAUUGGAACAAAUUCAUAUGAAUGUUUCAAAUAAAUGGGAAUGUACCCCUAUUUCUUUUAUAUUUUUGCCUAUAUUUCUGUCUUUCAUAACACUGUUACAUGUUCUUUUCUUUAUGAAUUAUAUAAAACUCAUUCUUUGAAUAACUAUGAAUGAAAACAUGAUAGAAAAUUAUAUAAUUAAAUUUGUUUCUUCAAUUCCUUAUACCUUUAAAUAUUGUUAAUGCCAUAAUUGUCAAGUUACUUAUUAAAGCUAUGUCUAUAGGACAGAGCACAGAAAAGUCCUCUUCUUUAUCAUAACCAAACCACUCAAUAUUAUAGUUGUCAGACACCAAGGAUAACUCUUUUGUUGCAGUCAAGUUAGUCAAAUAGUAAUCAGUUUUAUAUCAAACAGCAACAGCAUUCAAAAAUUACUUUUUAAAGGUUUAUCGAUUUGUUAAAUAGACUUGCUCAAAUGAAACUCAUCCUCAUAUAGCAACUCUUUCUCUCUGCUUGCGGAUGGUUUCAUACCAAAUGCUUCAUGUAAUUAAGGGAUGAUUUGAAAGGACUAGAUAAUAUUUCAUUGGAUAAUCUUGACUAAGGGCUGUAACUCCCACUUACCAUGAAAAUAUAUAAAUAAGAGUGAAUAGUCAUGAGUUUGGGGGAGUCAUAGUUACAUAUGAAAUUUUCCUUUGUUUCUUUUGAUGUAUUUAAAAUGUUCGUAGAAAGAUGGUAGAAAAUGUUACUAAUGCAUUUAGAGUGUCUGGGGAAUACACUGAUGCUUCCUCUUUGAAUUACAGCCUAAAUGUGAAGACUAUCUAGGAACUAAAAGUGGCUGGCCUCUAGCUUUUCAAUACUUUGUAAGUGUUCUUGGUUAUGUUCUGAACACUUAAAUUUCUCAACAAAUGGCUAUGCGUAUAUGUAGGGGUCACUCUUGCACUGCUUGCAUGCCACUUUCACACAUCUUUAACUGAAAUCAGUGUGACUUCUGUAUGUAUAAGGGAUGUAUUUGAAGAUGCAGGAUCAUUAAUGCUAUAUUGUUGCAUACUCUUUUUCAUAUGCCUUACAAUAUUUUCUGGGACAUUAUUAAAAUGAAAGCAUUUUAUUGCCAAAAUAAAUCUAUGUUGUUAUUUCUAAUCUGCAUUAGCAGUAGAAAAAUAAUGUAGCAAAAACAUAUAUUGUACAGUACAAAAUUAUAAAAGAUAUAUAUUUUGCCAAUAAUAUAAAAAUAAGUUGAGGAGAAAGAAGCACAUUUGUUAUAGCACAAACUUAUAACAAAAUCCACUGUUAAAUUUGGCAGUUGUAUUUUUUAAAAGUAUAUAGAUUUAGUUCUAAGUUUUAUCAGAUUUAUUUCAUCUACCAUCUUUUUAACUUGCUGCUUGAUACUUUUCCAGCAAUUUACUUCAGAGCCUUGCAAUCUGUGGAUGUAAUUUAUUUUACUUUAUUCCCUUCUAUAAAACUCAUUAAAUUUUAUUUUGUGAUGACUCAUACUAUAUUUACUGUUCUUAUUUCUUCUCCUUCAAUAACCACUACAAAAGGUAACAUCCAGUGAGCUCACAGGGCUCCUCUGAAUUGUGGACAUGUUUGAAAUGUUUUCUAUUUUUCACAGCCUAUAGUCAAAAUGAUAAAUAAAGAUGUCCCAAUAAGUAUUUAGGGAUUCUUCAAUUUGUUUUAUACCGAAUACUAUUUUGAAACAUAAGUAAAAGCCAUUAGCAGUUGUUUUGAAAGGUUGGUGGGAGGGAAAAACAGAUAAACUUAUUAAUACUAAAAGUAAACAUGGCAAACUGAUGUGAAAAGAUUUCCCUGCUAUUCCAAGAACUGUUGAUACCCCAAGCUAUUGCUGUGUUUCCAGCUACAAAGUGGAAAAACAAACAAAAAAUAACAACAAAAAAUACCUUUAUCCAGUAUUUUUCCUUUCUUUAAAUUUUAAUUAUUUAUUUUGAUAAUUUACCCCCUUUUAUUUCCUUAUAUAGGUAAAUGUGUAGCAUUCUACAAGGCAUGCUGGGUAAAAUAUACUAUGCAAAUGUGUACAGUGCUGCAUGUUUUGUUCUCCCUCUGCUUUAGUGGCUUUAAAGGAAAAAAAAAUGUGUUGUUAUUUUUGUGAACCAAAACAUUUAACAAAGAAAAUGCAGAGUGCAUGCAUAUAGUAUUCUAAUUUCUAUGGAUUUGUUUUAUGGAAUUUAAAUGUGUACAAACCAACUGCAUUAAUUUUUUUUUCUUUUAUACAAUAAAUGAAAAAAAA